AUGGAGACUGUCUCAGACUGUGUACUUACAACGCGAGAACAGUGUCCACAGACGCUGCAUGCCCUUCUCGGAGCUGCAGAGCGUAUCAACUUUCACGUGAUUGCUCUGCAGGAGACCAAGUGUAGAAGGAGCGACCUACGAUUGAUGAAUGACGGUACACUCGUCUUUCGUGGAGAGAAGGUUCCGUCGCGAAAUGUAGGCGGUGUUGGUUCUGUUGUGCACCCAUCUGUCGUUGAUCUUGUCGAUUCUCACGAAAUCCUGUCACCUCGUCAGGCCAUUCUUCGCCACCGCCCUCGGCGCCAAAAAUCUAUCAGUAUCAUCAACUGCUACUCAGCAAUAUCAGCAGCUGAUGGUUCAGAAAUGGACGCGUUUUACGAGGAGCUGGAGGGAGUAAUCCGCAACGAGAAGCGCUUCUACAGAUUCGUUGUCGGAGACUUCAACGCAAAACUAGGAAAUGCCACAGAAGAGGAAUACAGGAUUGGAAGAUUUGGACCAGGGGACCGGAAUGAAAAUGGCAAUCGUCUCGCUAGCCUGUUGUCCGCCGCUCGCCUCUUUCAUGGGAACUCUCUUUUCAUGAGAAAAGAUCAUCGUCGGUGGACAUGGGAAUCGCCCAAUGGCGCGACUCUGGUUCUGAUCACCGUCUUCUUCGAGCGAAAAUACGACUCAGCCACACGAUGGAAAAGAACAUCUGCUAUCGGCAACGAAGGAGAAAAGAAGUCGUUUACGACGAUUGCUUACUCGAAAACUCCUUGUCCCAAGGUGACUGGCCUCGAGGCCGCGCACGACAAACUUGGAUCGAAUUUCGAAGACCACCAAGAAAUUGUUGGAAAGAAGAAGGGCUCUGAGGGGAUCUCCGCGAAUAUUCCGCUAGCAGCCUUGCUAAGCGAAGACGGGACUCGCACAUCUUCUCGUCGUGAAAUGGAAAUCAUUACGGAGAGGUUCUACUCGGACCUUUUCCGUUCAUCAACUCCUGUGUCAAGUCCAAUCAUCCACACUGCUGAACCUCCACCACGGAUUCUCACUUCGGAAGUACGAGUCGCUAUCAAGAGCAUGAAACCUGGCACAGCCCCCAGACCUGAUUUUAUAUCAGCAGACUUUCUUCGGGCUGGUGGCCAUCCAAUUCAUGUAAUCUUAGCAGCGCACAUGACAUCCUACCUUCAGAAAGAAGCGAUCCCAGACCAGUGGAAGACCUCGCGAACCGUUCUUAUCCAUAAGAAAGGUGACCAAGAGGACCUUCGCAACUACCGUCCGAUAAGCUUGCUGAGCGUGUUAUAUAAAGUAUCCAGCAAGAUCAUCUUCACACGCAUAUCUAGGACGCUGGAUGAAGCCCAGCCUCAAGAACAAGCUGGAUUCCGCCAGGGGUUCAGCUGCUUGGACCACAUCCAGACCGUGUCGAGGGUCAUAGAGGUUUGCCGGGAAUACCGCCUGCGCCCUGUUCUAACCUUCAUCGGCUAUGAGAAAGCCUUCAACAGCGUAAAAACGAAUGCAACACUGUCAGCGCUGGUCGAUCAAGGUGUGGACGCUUCGUAUGUGAGGACAUUCACCAAUUGCUACAAUCGGUGCACUACGAAGAUACAACUUUUCCACCGCUUCCUCACCAUACUCAUUGGAAAGGGGGGUACGGCAAGGCGAUACUAUAUCGCCGAAGCUGUUCGCGGCUGCAUUGCAAUGGAUAAUGAAAUCACAAAUGAAAUAUGGGAAGAAAGGGGCAUACGUGUUGAUGGAAGAUUUCUCUCGAAGCUUCGUUUCGCGGACGACAUCGUUCUCUUUUCGAGCAGUACCAAUGAAGCAGAAACAAUGCUCAACGAAUUGAACGAAGCAGGUAGGAGAAUAGGACUGCGAAUAAACAGGAAGAAGACACAGUUCAUGAAGAACGCGUACUGCGAUGAUGGAGGAGUACAACUUGAAGGCUCCCAAAUCGUGGAAACUUCGUCAUACGUGUACCUCGGACGUUCUAUGAACAUGGAAAACGACUUGAAGGAAGAACCGAAUAGAAGAAUGAGAGCAGCAUGGGCAGCAUUCGCAGCCGUCAGGGAAGCUACGGACCAACUGACGGACCAAGAUCUUCGUGCCCAUCUGUUCGACUCGACAGUUCUUCCAGCGCUCUGUUACGCAGCGGAGAUGUGGGCAGACACCGCUGCCACGUCUAGGAAGCUACUUACUACCCACAGAACCCUUGAGAGAUAUCUUCUGAAGUUUAACCAGCGCACACAACACCUAACCUAG